AUGCACUUCAAAUCGCGCGUAUCCAUAACCACCGUGCACGAACUCCUCUUCGCCGACGACUGCGCCCUGAACACCACCUCGGAAGAGGAGAUGCAGCGGAGCAUGGACCUGUUCUCCGCCGCCUGCGAGAACUUCGGUCUGGUCAUUAACACGCAGAAGACGGUGGUGAUGCACCAACCGCCACCCAACUCAGCCACAGCCCCCAACGCGCCGCCGCAAAUCAACGUGAACGCAACUCAAAUGCAAGUGGUGGAGAACUUCCCGUACCAGGGCAGUACUCUCUCCCGCAACACCAAGAUCGACGACGAAGUCGCCAACAGGAUCUCGAAAGCCAGUCAAGCCUUCGGUCGUCUCCAAAGCACAGUUUGGAAUCGUCAUGGUCUCCAACUGAGCACGAAGCUGAAGAUGUACAAGGCCGUCAUCCUGCCGACGCUACUUUACGGAGCGGAGACUUGGACGGUGUACGCAAAGCAGGCACGUCGUCUGAACCACUUCCACCUCAGUUGUCUACGUCGAAUCCUGAGGCUGAACUGGCGGGAUCGAAUCCCCGACACUGAUGUGCUGGAACGGACGGGAAUCCUCAGCAUCUACGCCAUACUAAGGCAAAUGCAGCUGCGCUGGAGCGGCCGCCUAGUGCGCAUGGACGACGAGCGACUACCCAAACGACUCUUCUACGGAGACGUCGCGACGGGUUCUCGCCGUCAAGGAGGCCAGAUUCGCCGUUACAAGGAUACCCUGAAGUCCUCCCUGAAAUGCCUGCAAAUCAACCCCACCAACUGGGAGGAGCUCGCACUCGAUCGACCGACCUGGAGGAGAACAGUGAAGACAGGCGCUGCGAUCUACGAAGCCAACCGCAUCGCUGCCGCCAAAGCGAAACGUGAAGCCCGCAAAUCACAACUUCGCCCAGUAAGCAACGCCGCGGCACAACCGCUUCCAACGUGUCCUCGAUGUCAACGGACAUUCCGGGCUCGAAUCGGACUUGUUGGACAUCUUCGGAUUAACUGCGCCUCUCGAACUGCACCAACCAUCGUCCCCCCGCCUGCCUCUUCCUCCUCCUCUCCGCCGCCAACUAACCCUGACAAUUCUUCUGACCCACCACUUCCAUCAUCCUCCUCCUCCUCCUCCUCGCCCACUGCUCCAACGGCGGCCGCUCAGGCGACUGUCCCACGCACAGCAACCGACACUACCACCACCUCCCUCGACUCCAGGGAUGAGGAUCAGGACUAUACCUGCCUUCACUACGACCGUACCUUCACCUCACACAUCGGCGUGGUCGGUCACUUGCGAAUCCAUCGCACAGAGCCUGGCGAACCAGUGCAUGAAGCACCAACCUACACCCACCGCACUCGCCUCCACUGCCCACACUGCCCUCGCACCUUCAGGCAUCGCAUGGGCCUUUUCGGCCACAUGCGCAUCCACGAGAGCGGCCUUGACCGCACUCCCGACACACCCACUACAUCCAACACAUCCACCGUGCACACCCCCACUCUCGUUCCAUCCGUCCGCGCCACCACCACCACCACCACCACCACCACCACCACCACCACCACCGCCUCCUCUGUAGCUGACACUGACACCGCCGACUUCUCAUGCCCACACUGUCCACGCACAUUCACCUCACGCGUCGGCCUGGUCGGUCACUUGCGAAUCCAUCGCACAGAGACUGGCGAACCAGUGCCUGGAGCACCCACCUAUACCCACCAAGCUCGGCUCAACUGCCCACACUGUCCUCGCACUUUCAGGCAUCGCAUGAGCCUAUUCGGCCACAUGCGCAUCCACGACGACCUGCGGUAG